AUGUUUCCAGGCAGGUGGGACACAUUUGACAGCUGCACCAGACAGUACUCAGCACGACUGCGGCAGGAGUAGCAGCAGCAAUGGCCAAAAGUGAUGGAAGUGAUUAUUUUAAAAGAACCAGCCUUUUUUGGAUCAUCUCCGUGAUCUUCGGGUUGAGUUAUUUUGCUGUCAUUGUGUUUGUGCCUGAAAUAAUUCCGUACCAUCUCUUGGGCCCGUUCGGUACCUUCUGCAGAUAUCUUGUAGACAACCAUGCUGGCGGCUUGUACAAAGGGUGGUGGGCAACCUGGGCAAUCCAUCUAGUUGAGGCCUUAGUCUCCUUAAAAGUGUGCAGCAACAAAGGCAUCACCUUGCCCACCAGCUGCCUGUGGUUCUUCCAGACUUUCGUGUUCGGUUUCGCCUCUCUGGGCCUGCUCAUCCGAUACAACCCAGAGAGGCCCAAACAUCACUGACGCCGGUAGCUGAGAGCCUCGGAACCUGACACGAUUUGCCUUUUCUUCAUCAAUGUUUCCUUAAACUUGAAGAUAUUGAGGUGAAGUAUUCCAUGUGGGGUCUGACUCCUGCAUUGCUGUGAUGACUUUCAUUGUGUAGGAUUUGUUUUUCCUGAAGAAGUAGUCAUUAAUACAUAAGGUAUUUGGGGAGAAAUGCAUCCUGUUUGUUGCAAAUGUAACACAAUUUUGACAUUUUAACACAUUAAUGAUGUUAACAUACCAGUGAUCGUGAUACUCUUCCAGCUGCUGUGUUCUACUUAAAACAUGUUCCACUUGCUCUUAUAAUAAAAGUUGUAAAGAUACAAGAA